UUCCAUCUGUGCUGAAAAGUCUAACCAGAUAAUUAUUGUGGUAAAAAGGAAGAUGGCAAAGGUUUUGAUGACCUCAAAUUCAAAGAGAGAUUUGUGGAACAUUCUAAGUAUUGCCCUCAUCGCUGCAGGAGCCUUGGCCCAGACAGUUACCCAGACACCUGAUGAGGUUGUGUAUCAACUGGCUCAGAAUGCCUCAAUGGACUGCCAGUUCAUCCACACUCCAGACCAGCAGGUGGCAAMGAAUCCCAUUCUCUACUGGCAUAAAAUUACAAGUUUGACCMAAAUGACAAGACUGUGGCCUSAYCCAGAGUCACCGUACAAGGAUCGUGUGGAGGUUCUGGACAGUGACCGCAACUCACCAAACAGAUCUGUACUUCUGAAGAAUGUCCAGUGGGAAGAUAGCAGUGGAAAGUAUGAGUGUAAACUUUCUUAUAGGGCCGCCAAACAAGAUAAGAGGAUGAAAGGGAGCGGCGUUAAGCUGUUCAUACAUGAUUUGAUGUUCUUUGGGCUUGACCCUGAUAAUGAGACCCAACUCAUGUGUGCUGUGAAUGUWUCCCGGGAUGAUGGGUUUUUCUUAUCCUUGCUACAAGACGGAUCUAAAGUAUUCCAAAAGACCAUUGAUCUUCUUCACCCCAGCAUGUCACUGUCUGUUACCCUGUCUGUGAUCCUCCCCUUGGAGAAGGGGAAGAAUUAUGAGUGUCAAAUCCACCUGGGCUCCACCAUGAUAAUGAGCCAGCCCUUCCAACAGCCGCUUGAGACGCCAGCAGUAGAGAAGGUGCUUCCUGAACCUGUUUUCCUGUUCGUGGCCAUCCUCCUGGUCCCCAUCACCGUGCUUCUGGCUCUGCUGACAGCCCUUCUUGUUCUACGCAGAUAAGACAGGAGAUAGUAAGACUGACAAGGCCAAAUAUACAGUGCAUUCAGAAAUUAUUCAGACCCUUUGACCUUUUCCACAUUGUGUUACAUUAAAYAGACUAAUUUGAAGUGUUGUCCACAUACUUUUGUAUAUAUAGUGUAUGUUUCUUUUGUAUGUCAAGACUGUCCACAGCUAAAACUGUUUUAAAAAAUGCUAUAUACCAAAUCUAACACAAGAACAUUGUUGUUUAAGGGAUUUUAUACAUAUUGGAGCACUGUCAACAAAACAGAUUCCUCUACCCUUUCCUACUCACUCAAACUUUCAGUAUUAAACAUCAUGCAUGUUGAAGUUCAGAAUUUUUUAUUGCAGUUUGACACAUUCAACAAAACCAUUUCCAUCUGCAACAACCAAAUGACUCAGUCUCACAACCUAUAACACCACCUCUCAGGUUUCCAAAUAAUGUGUUGGCUUUUUUCCACAGCAAGUUAUAGUGUAGCAUCAGUGUAACUUAGGUGUUUUGAUGAACUACACUUGACAAUGUAUGUUUAUUGUCAUGUGCUACACUUGACAGGAUUUCAAUUGUUGCGCAACUCCUUUUUUUUGCAAGAUAAAUGUUUAA